ACUCGGGCAGCACUUCCGCAAACGACCAGCGUUUUGGCGUAGAAUGAUAGAGCACUCCUGUACCGCUGACGGCAUGGCUGUGAAAGCGAUUUUGUUUGAUUUGGACAACACGCUCAUUGAAACGAGUCGGGCAGGUGAAGUGGCGCUAAAAAAGACCAGUGAAUUUUUGAAGACCACGCUGGGCCUUGAUGACAGCACCGUCUGCACCAUUUGUGACAAGUUCAAGCAGAAGCUGUUCCAUGAGAGUUUUGACUGCUCAGCUGGUCAAACCAUAGAUGAUGUCCGAGCACAUCACUGGGAGGAAAGCAUCAAGGAGACUAUAGGGAAUUGCUCUACGGCUUCUUUGCCAGCUCAGUGUUAUUACAUGUGGAAAAGCAGUCGCCUGGAGCUUCUCACUCUGUCUCCUCAAGUAUGCAACCUCCUGAAACAGCUGCGCAGCGGAUACAAGCUGCUGCUGCUGACCAACGGUGUAGCCCAGACCCAGAGAGAGAAAGUGGCGACAGCUGGAUGUGAGGAGUUCUUCGAUGCCAUUGUGAUCGCAGGAGAACACAAAGAGCAGAAACCAUUCCCCUCCAUCUUCAGGUUGUGUUUCAGCAUGCUGGAGGUGGAGGCUCAGGACUGUGUGAUGGUCGGAGAUUCUCUGGACACAGACAUUCAGGGGGGCUUGAAUGCCGGAGUUCGGGCCACAGUUUGGAUUAAUAGUGCAGGGGGGGCUGCGUCAGAUGGUUCAGUGAAGCCAGACUACACUAUCACUACUGUUCUGGAAUUACCAGAUAUUCUGGCACAGCUGCAAUAA